AUGGCGCAGAGCAGCAACGUCGUAUUCCCGCGUAAAUUGCUUAAGAAAUUCAUCUUGAUGUACAGAGAGUUGAACUGUUUAUGGGAUAGAAAAUGUCUCACGUAUAAACAUAAGAAGAAACGACACGAUGCUGUGACGAAAUUGACUGAGUUGGUACAGAAAUACGAUUCAUCAGCUACCAGAGUCCAUGUUUUGAGAAAAAUCGAGAGUCUACGGGCGUGUGUGCGACGGGAGUAUAAAAAGAUACAAGACAGCCGGUUACAGGCGACGAGCCCGGAUGAGGUUUAUACCCCUCACCUGUGGUACUAUGAUAUGCUUUCGUUCGUAUUCGGCGAAGAAGAGAGCAACAUAAAAGAAAAGCAAGAAUCACCUGACCCAGUCAUUUCGGAGUCAGAAGAUGAAAACGAAACAAGGGAAUCGGAUGAAACGUUCCAGCCGCCGAUAGUGAACUAUUCUGAUUACACAGUAACCACAAACUUGAUGGAAGGCGGCAACGUUUCGCCCAUUCCGAAACAGUUUGCAUUCGAAGAGGAUAAAUCUAAAAGGCAUUGCACGGAGGUUGAUGACGAAUACGACGCGAUUGGCAUUAACGUGGCAGCGAAACUACGCGGUCUGCCUUCGAACAUGAGGAUAUUAGCAGAGAAGUUGAUUAACGACGUUUUGUACCAGGCGCAAAUGAAUGGUCUCAACUCUACCACUGUUAUUGCAACGCCGGACCCGUUCAAACAAGACGUGUUAUAA